UCCAAAUAGCUCUUGAUCUCUCCAAAUCCUUUCACAUAAACGAAAUCCGAUAUGAGACCCGAAAAAUUGAUACCCUUACAAUCCUAUCAAACUGUAAGCUGAAUGAAUGCGAGGUGGGGUCAACCGAACGGCUUAUACAUAGAACAUUAACUCCUGCAACUUUGACAGGCUCACGAGUUAGAUGAUUGGAUAACCGAUUCCCGAAACAUGAAACUUAUCCUUCACGAAAGAUUUAUAAGAUUUAUAAGCUAAUAUUCUUUUAAUCAUUUAUAUUUUAGAUCGAUUUAUAAUGUAAAAUAAAUGUAGAAUAAUUAAUUAUUAAUCUUAACACCCUCAAUGACUCCAUCCUCUUCUGGACAACAUUUAAAAAGAAAUUUAAAUAUACAGCCACCAGAUAAAAUAAAAUUAAGUAAAAAGCCCCCAACAAGAAUAAAAAGUAAAGAAAGGCAACAAACAGCAAUUCAAGUUGAUGUUGGAAAUGUUCAUAGAGAUAAUAAACGUUUGGGUGAAAAUAGACGGCCAAAAAUUAUAAGAAUAGAAAAGCCUCGACAAGAGAUUUGUGCCCCUCUUAAAUGGUUUUGCUUUUUCAUCAAUUUUUGUAUUUUUGUGAGUUAAAUUUUAGAUUAUUU